AUGGCAGAGUGAGAGAGAAAGCUAUCCAGGUUAUUGAUUUUCCCCACUGGGUUGCGCGAUUUCAUUUUUCGCGUGAAAUAACGGGCCAUCGGGCAGUGAAAUUUUGUUAAAACCCGAUUCGGGCCAUUCGGGCUGUUACGAAGCAUACUGUAGCGAUCGGUAGCGAUCGUAUCGAGUGACUACAUGGACGUAGGUUGAUGUAGGAACAAUUUUGUCGUGCUUUUAAUACUGUAUAUUUGAGACUACUUACCCCACUUACCCAGCAACGAAACGAACAUUAGCGCGACUGAAAAGCGUGCAUUGAUCUGCCAGGCGAUCGCCAGGGCACAACUGACCGUAACUCACUGUGUUAGUGAAAGUACAGAGCAAUAUGGCACUAAUGUGUGAUGGUAACCGUUUGACAUAGUUAGGACUGGAAGGAUGGAGUUCCGAGACCCGGGCCAUUAGAGGGUGAAUCAUCAUCAGUAUUGAAGCAGGAGCUUUACGCAGAUGCUAGUAAAGCUCCCGUGACAUCAGAGUUUCUACAAUGGAGAUCCCCUCAGCAGUGCAGACUCAAGAAAACAAUGGGAACAAUCUUAAUGUGGAGCAUGUGAACACCAAUACUGAGCAUGGAGAUGAGAAUGAUGAAGCGAACACUAAUAACAACCAUCAACAUCACACUGCUGUGGGAAGUCUGUGUGCACCAGCAGGGCUGACCUCCACACCUCGUAGCAGUGUUGAGGACCUGAGCGAGUAUACAGAUGCUGAUGAGUCUGUCUCCUCUGCACCAACGGAGUUCUUGGCUGAAUUCCUGUCUGCAGUGAUGCUGAAGGAUUAUGAAACAGCCCUAAAAUACUGCAAACUGAUCCUGCAGUAUGAACCCAACAAUGCUACUGCCAAGGAGUUCUAUCCGUUAAUUGUGGAGAAGCUGCAGCUCAUGAAGGAGCAGGAAGAAUCUAAUAGCAGCAGCAACAGUGACAGAAGUGAAGACAGCAGCGGUGGCAAUGAUGACUCAAGCAGUGAUGGUGAGGAGAAGCCCAUGAGGUCUUCGGAGUCUGAUUCCGAUGCCACUACAGCAAGUUAUUCAAGUCUGGAAGACGAGGAAGCUGACGGAAAUGACAAACAUCAGAAAAACGACAAUGCUGAUGCAGGUAAUGGUAAUGACCUGAAAGGAACACCACCAAAGAUAACCUCUAUAACAAAACUCAUCAAGGAAAUGACAGUUGAACCGUCUGUCACAAUAUCAGUAAGCGGAGUACCCAACAGCGAACCAGCCAGUGACACACAUCAAGCAUUUCAGAGCACAAGUUCUGAUUCUGAGUCACCUACAGAACCCGUGAGCCAGCCGACGAUAGCUGAACUUCGUGCCAAGGUGGUACCUGGUAAGGCGAAGUAAUGCAACUGCAAUAAAAUGGGAGCUCGGCAGCUGUGCAGUGCUAGCUCUAGAGUGGUGAUAGUUCACAGUUUGGAACACUUAAGGUAGCAGCACAGGAGAAGACAGAAUCUUUCUCAGUCAGAAGUCUGGAGAGCCAAGGGUGGUAAUAGAGUUUAAUUGCUGACAACACUAUAUCUGUUUAUCAUAUGAAAUAUUCUGUUUUUUAUUAUCAUGAACCAAAAAAUCCUUCAGAUCCCCUACACAUGAAACACACAGUUUCUGCCAUUAAGAUUGUGAGACAUGUUUAAAUUAAUAUUCUGUAUUAAUUUCAUUUAUUAUAUUAAAACACCUACAGAGUACAUACAAAGUGAAACUUACUUUUAAACCUUAAAUUAAGAAUAUGAUAAAUUUGAUAGCAUGGAAGGAGAAUUUCUUAUUUUCAAUGUGUUAUUCAUCAAAGCUCCUGGAAUCAUCUUAUAUUGUCAAUGUAUUUCAGUCUAAUAUGGCUUACAUAUCACACAGAAAUAUAAACAGAGCAACAGUGUUGGUGCAGCACAUAAUCAUUCUCGGUAAAGUUCAAGUACUGUAUGCAGUAAAAUAUCAAUACUGUUAACUCUAAAUGAUAUGUCAAUUGCAGAACAUUGUGUUUAUUUUGUACAGUUAAUUAUUGCUGAGAGGUUUGUUGGUGGUCAUGUGUCAGGUAUAAGCAUUAUUCCUGUUAUAAUCCAUGCUAGGAUGUCUCCUUUUUUGCCUUAAAUUCAGAAGCACAGAGAUGCAGUCCUGCAUUCAUGGAAGUUUACAAGCAAAGUGCAAAUUAUCAAUCUCAGUAUCUUUCACCAGAAUAUCAGAGGACUGGGAAGCAAAAGUGAUGAAUUAAUACAUCAUUUUGAAGUAGACAACAUAAAUCAUCACUUAUUAUGUCUAAAUGAGCAUCACAUGGUUGAACAGGUGCUGCUGCAUCUCAAUGAAUGGUUACCUAUUAUGCUCCAGCUUCUGGCCAAGAGGCCUACGUAGGGGACACAUGUUUAUUUUUGCUAUGACAGAUCGACAUUUCAGUAAAAUUGAUAUUUCUCAUCACUGUAAGGAGCAGGACUUUGAAAUCUGUGCAAUUCAAUUAGUAACUAAAACAUCUAACCUAAUUAUAUUAAGCUUGUGCAGAGCUCCUACAGGAGAGGUUAAUGAAUUUCUAAGGAGGUUAAAUGCAACUUCAAAAAUAUCUGUAUAGUCCAAAAUCUGAGUUUAUAAUCUGUGGAUACAUAGACAUAAACUGUUUAAAUGAGAAUAACCAUAAAAAAGUAAACUCUUUACUAAAGUUGUAUGAUUUGUCACACAUUGCGAAUUUUGCAGCAAGAAUCCAGAAUUCCUCGGCUACAGCCAUUGAUAAUAUUUUUAUAGAUAGUGUAAGGUUAGGCUCUUCUUGUACAUUUCCUAUAGUCAGCAGUCUCUCAGACCAUGAUGCUCAAUUUCUUACAGUUAAUAAUAUUAUUACAAAAUAUUAUUACCAGAAAAAUUAAUAAUUAAACCAUUGCUCAGUUUCCACAUCUGUUAGAAAAUGAAACAUGGGAACCUGUUUUCAAAAAUAAGGCUAUAAACUAUAAGUUCAGUUGUUUUUUAUAUAUUUUUCUAAAUAUCUGUGAAGCUAGUUUUCCUAUUCAGCAUAAAAAAUGACCGAAUUACACAAGGAAUAAAAAUAUCCUGCAAACAUAAUAAUCUCCACAUGAGAGCAUAUUACAUUAAGUAUUGCAAAAUUCUGAGCAGAGUCUUAAAAGAGGCCAAACUGUGGACUUAUAGCAAAAUUAUAUAUAAAAAAACUGUGGUUUUAGUCCGCAAGCUAACUAUACUGACAUAGCGUCUGCCACUUAUCAGCAAAGUUAGUGCCAACUUUAGCGGAUAGAGGGUGUCGCGUGAUCAGCACAACAAAUCCCCGUGGCCAUUAAUUUCCAUUUUCUAUACUGGAGCAAAAUUAUAUAAUCAUAUAAAAACAACCUGGACUAUAAUAAAACAUGAACAGAAAAAUUACACGUGACUGAAAUGAUACCAUCUCUUCUUACAAAUGAUGAAAAAGUAAAGGGCACAGAAGUACAGUGGAACCUCGCAUAACGAGCAUAAUUUGUUCCAGAAUCUUACUUGUAAUGCGAAACACUCGUUAAGC